AUGUUUUUGGUCAAAAUUCAACUUUUGCAGUCACCGCUGUCAGCUAUGGAAUCCAACCAUGGAAAACACAGCAUCUUAAUGGUAUCAGACUUUUUCUACCCAAAUUUCGGUGGUGUAGAGAAUCACAUCUAUCUCUUAUCACAAUGCCUUCUUAAACUUGGCCACAAGGUUGUUGUCAUGACUCAUGCAUAUGCAAAUCGUUCAGGGGUAAGAUACAUGACAAAUGGAUUAAAAGUCUAUUAUGUCCCUUGGAAACCAUUUCUAAUGCAAAACACAUUACCAACUUUCUAUGGAACACUCCCAAUUGUGAGAACAAUUAUCAUUCGUGAAAACAUCUCAUUAAUCCAUGGUCAUCAAGCUUUUUCAACUCUUUGUCAUGAAGCUUUAAUGCAUGCAAGAACAAUGGGCUACAAAGUUUUAUUCACUGAUCACUCAUUAUAUGGUUUUGCUGAUAUUGGAAGCAUUCAUAUGAACAAAGUACUUCAAUUUACUUUAGCAGAUGUGAGUCAAGCCAUUUGUGUCUCACAUACAAGUAAAGAAAACACAGUUUUAAGAUCAGGGCUUCCACCCGAAAAGGUUUUUGUUAUCCCAAAUGCUGUGGAUACAACUAUGUUCAAACCUGCUUUAGAAAGACUUGUUAUGGAUCCGAUUGUUAUUGUUGUCAUUAGUAGAUUGGUUUAUAGAAAAGGUGCCGAUUUAUUGGUUGAAGUUAUUCCUGAAAUAUGCCGUUUGUACCCCAAUGUGCGAUUCAUUAUUGGAGGAGAUGGACCCAAAAGGGUAAGAUUGGAAGAAAUGAGGGAAAAACAUUCUCUUCAAGAUAGAGUUGAUAUGUUAGGUGCUGUUCCACAUGCUAAAGUGAGAUCUGUUUUGAACUCUGGUCAUAUAUUCUUGAACAGUUCUCUUACAGAGGCAUUCUGCAUAGCAAUACUAGAGGCUGCUAGUUGUGGAUUAUUAACAGUGAGUACAUGUGUUGGGGGUGUACCUGAGGUUCUACCAGAUGAUAUGAUAGUUCUUGCUAAGCCAGAUCCUAGUGAUAUGGUUCAUGCAAUCAAAAAAGCAAUCAAGAUUCUUCCUCAAAUUGAUCCACAAGAAAUGCAUCUUCGUAUCAAAGGAAUGUAUAGUUGGCAAGAUGUUGCCAAAAGAACAGAGAUUGUGUAUGAUCGUGCCUUAAAAUGUCCGGAUCAAACCCUCUUGGAAAGACUCUCUCGGUAUCUUACAUGUGGUGCUUGGGCAGGGAAGCUUUUUUCUUUAGUUAUGAUUGUUGAUUAUAUCUUAUGGCGAUUAUUACAAGUGUGGCAGCCGGAUACGGAAGUUGAGGUGGUUCCUGAUUUAAACCUAAGCAGAUCCAAUCGUGUUACACAAGUUCACCCCUCUAAUGUAUCUAGUUAA